GAUACGCGAUGCCGGGCUCGCCUGUUAUAGCAGGCGGGUGCGGCUCCGUGACGUCAGCAGCGUCAUUGCGCCCUGUCAUGUGCUCGGUUUCGCUGAGCUAGCAGGUUGGCUGCUUCCCCGCUGACGUAAUCCGGAAGUGUUCCGCGCCACAGACCACACGGAAGUAAAAGGAACCCGAGGGUGUUUCUACACACCCGGAACAGGCGUCUUGUGUGGUAUCUUUGAGGUGCCGAGCAGAAAGAGGUGUCAGAAAUUACUUAUAUACUGAUAUUAUUUGGUGAGGAGGGUGCUGGUGAGAUAUGGCGUCCAACGGGACAAAUCUACAGAAAGCAAUUGACCUGGCCAGUAAAGCGUCUCAGGAAGACAAGGCUGGGAACUAUGAGGAAGCUCUUCGGCUAUAUCAAGCAGCUGUGCAGUACUUUCUUCAUGUGGUAAAGUAUGACACACAGGGUGAAAAGGCAAAACAGAGCAUCCGAUCAAAGUGCAUAGAAUACCUUGACCGAGCAGAACAGCUGAAGGCUUACCUAAAGAAAAAGGAAGCUGUUCCUGCAAAGCCAGUAAAAGAGGGAGGGCCUCGUCCUGCUGAAGACAAAGGGAAUGAGAGUGAUGAAGGGGAGUCUGGUGACCCAGAAAAAAAGAAAAUGCAGAGCCAGCUCCAAGGAGCCAUAGUCAUGGAAAAACCAGAUGUGAAGUGGAAUGAUGUUGCUGGACUGGAAGGGGCCAAAGAGGCCCUAAAAGAAGCUGUGAUAUUACCAAUAAAAUUUCCUCACCUGUUUACAGGCAAAAGAACUCCCUGGCGAGGGAUCCUGUUAUUUGGACCUCCAGGAACAGGGAAGUCCUACUUGGCCAAAGCUGUGGCUACUGAGGCAAACAACUCCACAUUUUUCUCAAUAUCUUCCUCAGAUCUUGUGUCAAAAUGGUUGGGAGAAAGUGAAAAAUUGGUGAAGACUUUAUUUCAGCUUGCCAGAGAACACAAGCCUUCAAUCAUCUUCAUUGAUGAGGUUGACUCACUGUGUGGCUCAAGAAGUGAGAAUGAAAGUGAAGCUGGUCGCAGAAUUAAAACGGAGUUCUUGGUCCAGAUGCAAGGUGUUGGAGUUGACAACGAAGGCAUUUUAGUUCUUGGAGCCACAAAUAUACCAUGGGUAUUGGAUUCUGCAAUACGGAGGCGAUUUGAGAAGAGAAUAUACAUCCCUCUACCAGAAGAACAUGCUCGGACUGAUAUGUUUAAACUCCAUCUUGGAACGACUCCACACAGCCUUACAGAUGCUGACUAUCGUGACCUUGGGAAAAGAACAAAUGGCUAUUCUGGUGCAGACAUUAGCGUUAUUGUACGAGAUGCCUUAAUGCAGCCAGUGAGAAAAGUUCAAUCUGCCACUCACUUUAAAAAGGUACGAGGAAAAUCGCCUCUCAAUCCAGAUGUCAUUCACGAUGAUCUUCUAACUCCAUGUUCUCCUGGAGAUCCAAAUGCCAUUGAAAUGACAUGGAUGGAUGUUCCUGGGGAUAAAUUAUUGGAGCCAAUUAUAUGCAUGGCCGACAUGUUGAGAUCUUUAGCUCAUACCAAACCUACUGUAAAUGAGGAGGACCUGGAAAAAUUAAAGAAAUUCACAGAAGACUUUGGGCAAGAAGGAUAAUCUAGCAAAAAUAACCCUGCAUAAUUCAAAGUUGCCUUCAGUAGCCUUUUCCCUUUCUUAGGUAUUCUUGCUACAUUAUACAUGGCAUACCAAAAAAUAUUUGCCAGUAAAACUGAUCAUACAAGUCACAUUCUUUCAAUAUUCACGGAGUUCUUGUGGAUGUCCCAGUAUAUGUUAUAAGGUUUAUCUUGAAAACAAUAUCCGGGCAAUAGUACUACCAUGUGAAUCAGACGAGCAGGACUGUUAUUCAAAAUCUUAAAUCAUUCUGUUGUAGCCCAGCUUUGUAUUAUUUAUAAUGGGGGACACCAUUAUUUACAUGGAUUUGUGAGAAAUUUGUCUGGAGAAGCAAAUGAUCGGCACUCUUGCAUUUGAAUGUAAGUGACCAAGAAAAUACUUUAUUCUGUUGUGCUGGGAAACACUUGUCAGAAAAAAGGUUAAUGGUUAUGUGCAAUCAAUCCUUUGGGUACAUUACACACCAUUUUUAUUGAAAUACUUAAGAAUGUUGAGAUAUUAUCCUUCUAGUUCAGAAAAUGAAUACAUGCAAGGAAUUUUUAAAUGUAUUCUCCUAAAGACAUAUUCUAUAUCAUUUGGAUGUAUAUACCUUGUGCAUUUUUUCUUGUUUUUUUUUUUUUUUUUUUAGUUGUGUAUUGGGAAUAAUGUAGCUCUUAGCUAAUUGCACAACUUUAUUUUGUAUGUGUGUGUAUAUAUCUGUAUAUUUUUAAAUUUCCAAGUACAUAUGUUUGUUAAACACAUGCCAAAAUAUUAGAGGGAUUAAACGGAGUUAUAUAUAGACGUGUCUGUCUGUUAUCUCAUUUAGGAAAAGAAUGCAAAAUUUGGAACAUUUGCUAUACGUUACAUUAGUUACUUUGCAUCUUUAUGAAACUCUUGAUGAGGAUUAUCUAUAAUCUGAUGCCUUGUUUGAAUAUUUUCCUAUGAAAAAAAGGCAUAAUGUAUAUUUAUGAAUACUGCAAUGUGACAGAUAUGAUUUUGUGCCUUUGUAAGUAAAAGGUAAAAAAAGAACAAUUGGUUUGCAUAAUUCAAUUCAUUCCAUAACAUCAGUUCUUUUAUCUAUGUACAGAACUGAUGCAUUAAAUUUGCAUUCAGCGCUGAUAAAUCACAAUGGGGGUUUCUUUCUGGACACUCAUGGCAGUGGGGUGUGUUUUGUUUGAUCAUGUGUCUAUAGUUUUAUGUACUGUUUAUACAAGCAAUCAUAGAACUUCUGUUUACUCCAAUAAACUUUUAUUCGCUA